AAAAAUUAAAAUCACAUUGGGUAUUAUAAUCUAUAUAUAGAAAUUAUACAUUUCUAGUUUCUAUUUAUUCUGUGGCCUGCUUUACUAUAUAAAUUUUGUUUGAUUCCUAAACUGUCAUGUUUGAAAUUUAGUAAACGUUAAACGGCCAGAAGCGGAGAAUAAUUAUUGUAAACAUAGUUCGUAAACAUAAUUAUCAGUUCUGUGUAUUGCAUGAAAUAUGUCUACGAGAUCCGGAAAACGAAUACACAGCGUCCAAGAUGAUAUAGCCCCGACAGACCUGGAGCCUCCUCCAAGAAGCGAGCGAAAGACUCGGAAUAAACGAGUGAAGGAGAAAUUAGAAGAACUCGACGGGUCUGUAGCUAAAAACAAGAAGCGCAGCAACUAUGUCAGUUACCCGAGUAAUGACGAAGUCCUGGAUGAUGCGACCUGCUUGGUGCCUUCGCAGGAUGAAGAUACUAAGCAAAGCCGGGCUCUACGUAAAAAUGCGCUUAAAGAACUAAAUCCUGUAGUAAACAGUGAUGUGUUUAAUAUGCAGACGAAGGCGAAAAAUCUUAUAAGAAAGUCGACGCGCGGCAAAAAGGUGACAGAACCAGAAGAAAAUGAGGAUCAUGAAAAUGUUCCAACAGAAGUCCCUGAAGUGCCAAAGAAGAAAAGUAAAAAGAAUAAAAAAGCUACAGCUGUUAUAGAGGAUCCAGUUCCUGAAGAUGAAGCUCCAGAGGCUAAGGCUUCCAAGAAAUCCAAAAAGAAAAAAAAGAAAGGGAAGAAGACUAGUUCUAUUAUUGUUGAAGACAUUGAACAGAGCAGUUCUAAACAAGUAUUGAAUAGAAGCAAUAUGUCUGUUGACUCAUUCCACAGUGCUGCGGGCAGCCCAGAAAACAAACAUGAGAGUAAGGAUGUUAACACAGCUAUUGAGGAAAGUAAAGAAACUGUCAAACAUUCUGCCAAGUCUAACAAGAAAGAUGGUAACAAUACUUUGGAAGCAAAAGAGUCUAUGGAAGGGCAUAAAAAGGCAAAUACUAAAUCUAAGAAAAGAAAGUCCAGUGUGAAAGACUCAGCAAUUGACAAUAUCUCCUUGAUAAAAGACAAUUUAAUGAAUAGUGUUGAAAAUAUUUUGAACUAUUCUAAUUUGUUUGAUGGCCAUGUUAUUCAGACUCGUUCAAGUACUAAAAAUAUGAGUAAUGUCUCUGUGACUGCUGAUGAUUCUGUAAAAGAUGAACAAAUACACUUAAAUGCUUCUAAAGUUAAUACACAGGUGAAGAAAAGACGAUCUAGUAUAAAAGAAGUUUUGCAAAACACCUCGGCUACUGUAGAUAAUGCUUCUAUAGGGCUAGUUGACAGCGGACUGAAAAUUAAUACUACAAUCAAGGAUGUAACUGAUAAAAGGAACACAUCUGUAGUAAAAGAGGUUGAAAAUGAAGAUUUAAAUGUUUCUAACAAACAACCAAAAAGUAGAAAAUCUUUGAUCAGAGAAAACACAUUCGAUAAAAGUAAUGUAUCUAUUUUUAAAGAGGAUCAGGAGGAAGUGGCCUUGGAUGACUCUAAGGUAUCUAACAAAAGUAAUAAAAGGAAAAGGUCUUUUAUAAAAGAUACAACAUUUGACAAAAAUAGUUCAUCUGUUACCAAUGUAGGUGUAGAGAAUGUGGUCAUUGAUUUAGAUGUCUCCGACAAACCAUCAACAUUACGAAAGUCUCUGAAUGUAAAAAAUACUACAUUGGAAAAAUUAGAAAAGGUUGUUAACACUACAUUUGAAAAGGAAACCCAACCUGCUGAAGUGGAGAAUAAGCUAAAGAGAGACACCACAUUUGAUAGAAGCUCUAGUAAGAAUUUAAAUGCCACUUAUGAGAAAGAUACAGAAUCAGAUGUCAUGGACAAAUCAAUCAAAAGAAAUGGAAAGAAAUCCAGUGUGAACACGACUUAUGAUAAAAAUGAGAAGACAGCUGACACAACUUAUGAAAAAGAUAGUUCCACUUCCUUUGACACAUUCAAAAAAGGUGCUCUAAGAAGAAAAUCAAGCAUCAGAGAUGCUACCUUUGAGAAAAGUAACAUAUCCAUUUCAAGUUUGACAAAGGAGGACUUUGAAAAAGAUACUAAAAUUAUAUCAAGUUCGGCAAUCAAAGCUAAAUGUACUAGACGCAGUACUUAUGAUAAAAACGACACUGUUUCGGAGACCGUCAAUACCACAUAUGAGAAACCAGAAACUACUGAAACAGAACCUACAAGAAAGUCUUUAAGAUUGUCACAGGCUGCAGACAUAGAAAAUAAACUCAACACAACAUUUGAGAAAGAAAGCUGUCAGGAUGCUCAAGCCAGCUUGGAACCCAAGUCUUCAUUAUUGACAUCAGACAACAGUUCGGAGAAGUCAGACAUAUCCCGGAUCAGCAUCACCAGUGAUGACACCACUGGAGAUCUGGAAAACAUAGUCAACACUACUCCAUUAUUGAUUGAAAGUAGUUUGGAUGAGUCUAAUACCUCCAAAAAGGAGAGUCCAAAGCCCCAGACUCCAUUGAAGCGUGAAGGUACAUUUACUAAGGAUGGUCCUGAGGUACCAGCUGAGACCGGUACCCCGACCAAGGAGGCUUUACCUACCCCAGCAGCUGGCUGCACCCCGUACCAUGUUAGUAAGAGCUCCCAGAAGAAGCGGAUCCUGAAUGUCACCAGGUCACUUGAGAAGGGGAGGAGUUCAAUGGAGCUGGCUCCUAGGCUGACCAGGGUCAUGUUCUGUAGCCCUGUGGAUAACCCAGUGCUGGUAGCUCAGGAGAGGAAGAAGGUCAUCAAGUCUAAUCUCAAAGGAUCCAACAAGAGCUUUAUUUUUGAUGAUAGUGCGUCAGUGUCCCGGGCGGGGCGCAAGCGCUCGUACACGCAGAACGACGCGGAGGACUCGCGCGUGAAGCGCUCGCGCCUCGCCGACGACCUGCAGCAGUCCGUCAACAGGCUGUCCCGGCCCCGCACCGCCAGCGCUACAGCAAAACUGUCAAUUCCAACAACUCCAUCGAAGAAGUUGCCGACGCCUUCGAAGCCGCGCUCUGACGCGAAGUCCCGCACGAAGCUGCCGAACUUCGCGGCGCUGCACCAGAAGCAGUUCGACAGGAUGGAGUCCCUCGGCGAGUGCCAGCAGCGCCGCGCGCGCCGCGCCCGCCAGCUGCUCACGCCCACCGCGCCGCCCGGCCUGCUCGACAGGAUCAGCCCUAAGAAUAACACAGACUCGCCAAAAGCUAAAGAAACGCAGAAACCAAAAGAGAAAAAUGAUACACCUACUAAAAAGCUCCCGACAUUGGAGUCACUGCGGCCAGGGUUCACACGGUUUGGCUUCAAACUGAAUCUGGAUGUGAACCCGUUCAGUAUACCGAGCAAGACGGAGGCCGUUCCAAAGACUGCGGAGAAAGUGACCAACGGAGUCGUGCCCCGGCCUGCGCUGCUGCCCUCGCUGGCGGGCGCCACGUCACUGCGCCGGGAGGUCGCCAAACUGGCCGUCAUGAGAGAAAAGUCCUUCACCGGGAAACGGAACGUGAACAGAAAUGAAAACAGAACUAUCAUUAAGGGCGUCAGAACAAAUAGAAGGUUUGAGCUACAAAUGAAAAUGAGGAAUAUUGAUUAGUGAGGUUAUAAGCAGCUGGUGUAAAGCUGUUGUUAUUUACUUUUAGCCUGUAGCGGCAAUAGCUAGUUGUUGGGUUUUUGAGAUGUCUCGUUACCAAAUCCAGUUGUGUUUGAUAUCAACUCAAUGAAUUAUGUUUAGUGCAUCGUCCAAGUUUGUUGCUGUAUUUCGUUGUUGUUACAGCUCUCUGCUUGUUUAACUUUAAAAUAUUUUAUUUACUUAACGAUUAACUUACAUUCACAUUGCAAUUAACUUAAUAUCCUGGGUGAAAUCGAGAUGAAAUAAGUAAAAGAUUUAAAUGACUAUAAAUGUUUGAGCUUAAACCACGCAAAAACAAAUUGUCUCUCAGCGAUUUUGUUCUUGUAAUUUUUACCGUAACUUAGUUUUAGUGUUACUUCCACAUGACAUACAUCAUAUUUAUCUAAAUAUUGUUAAAUUCGUUAUUCGCCUCACCCCCGGGUACACUCCACUGACAGUAUUAACCAGCCACGUGACCUGAUGUGAGCCUAGUUUAGUUAACAGACAGUUAUUUACUAACAUUGUUUAUUUGCUGAUAGUGCCAUCGUAAUCAUGUACCGAUAGUGUUCUAUACUUAUCUCUAACAUUAAAAUAUUCCAUUAUU